CUUCUCCAUUAAGUAUAUAACUUGCCUUUCUCUCUUUCUUUUUCUCUCUAUGAAAUUAAAUGGCCCAAGUGCAAGAAAAUCAUCAAGGGAUCAAGCUCUUCGGAGCAACGAUCACAUUGGACGGUGGAGAUUCAAAGGAGGGAAAUAAGAAAGAAGAAGAUCAAACGGUGGAGAAGAAGCCAGAUAAGAUCAUAGCGUGUCCAAGGUGCAAGAGCAUGGAAACCAAGUUCUGUUACUUCAACAACUACAACGUUAACCAACCAAGGCACUUCUGCAAGGGAUGCCAGAGGUACUGGACCGCCGGCGGUGCUCUCCGAAACGUCCCCGUUGGCGCCGGUCGCCGUAAGGCCAACAAGCUGCCCUGCCGCGCCGCCGUUUCCGAUGGUGCUUGCUUAUACGAUGAAACUUCCGAUGAUGUCCACAAGUUUGGGUUGGAGGAAGGGUUGCUUUUGGAUAAGUGGAAUGAUGUUGCCGUCCCUCACGGUGAUUUCCGGCAGCUUUUUCCGGCCAAGCGCCGGAGGUCCGCCUCAGCUCCGCAUCAAGGUCAAUGAACCUCCUCAUUCUUCAUUAUAUUAUGCAUCUUCUACGAAAUUAAAGCACAACUUGGAAUAAUUUAAAACAUAUAUACACAUAUGAACAAGACUAGAGGCUUAGUUAGUUUGCUUAUGUGAACGCCAAGAAAAAUAUAUAAUGCCAUGGCAAAAAUCAAUCCAUGUUCAUCUUUUUCAAGCUGAGCCAAGCUAUAUAAGCCUUAUUACUAGAAAGGUCAAGUUCACAUAGAGAAUUUGAAGGCGUGAAUGGAUAAAUUCAUGUAGGAGAUUAAUUACCACUUUAUCUAUUAGUAGUUGUUAGAGUUGAUGUAUCUGUAGAACACAUGAAAUGGUCAAUGGUGACCAAGAAAAAGUAAACAUUAGAACACGGAAAUUUGAGUGCAUCUUGAAAGUUAACUUAAUUAUUCCUUCCCUUUUUCUUUCUCUACUUUAUUUAAUAAUAAUAAAGGAUUGUUGCAUCUUGA